AUGGAGUCUUCGAGCAAGCGACCAAAUCCUAGAUUAAAUGAUGAUUGGGGAAAGAGGCGUGAAAUUGGGCAACCCAAAAUCAACUCGUCCUCUCUCUUGCUUUCACGCAUUGCAAUUCAGAGAAGAUGCACUUCUUUUCUCUUCCCACCGAAAGAGAUGCAGGAAUCCUUGACCAUUCAUCUAAGCUUAGCUUUCACAUGGCAAGAGUACCAUGAGGCUCUUGAGAAAUCCAUUCUCUUCUUUGAGGGACAACGGUCGGGAAAAUUGCCUUCCAACCAGCGACUAACAUGGAGGGGAGAUUCUGGAUUAUCCGAUGGCUCUUCUUAUCAUGUGGACUUAGUUGGUGGUUAUUAUGAUGCUGGAGAUAACGUUAAGUUUGGGUUGCCAAUGGCCUUUACCACUACAUUGUUAGCAUGGAGUGUGAUUGAAUUUGGAAGCUCCAUGAUGGACCAAAUUGACAACGCUAGAGCUGCUAUCCGCUGGAGCACAGAUUACCUUCUCAAGGCUGCCACCACCACCCCUGACACAUUAUAUGUCCAAACACUGAUUGAGGAUUAUAUAUCUCGAGUAUGA